AUGCACCGGAGUACCAUCGCCCUUCUCGGCCUUGUGUCUGGCAUCGGCGGCCUCCCGAGUGCCCAGUCAACCCGACGCUCUGAAACCCGCCUGCAGUUCAGUAGCAAUGGCACAUUUCAGUUAUCUGUACUCGAGGAUCUGCAUUACGGCGAAGGUAAGCUGCGAUCGUCUGCACACUCGGAGGCGACCACCUGGGGACCCGUCCAGGACGUGAAAAGCACUGCCGUCAUCAACACCGUUCUCGAUCACGAAAGUCCGGAUCUAGUCAUCCUGAACGGCGAUCUGAUCACCGGCGAGAACACCUUCCUGUCCAACGCGACCGACUACCUUGACGAGAUAGUCGCCCCCCUCGUGUCGCGCCAAUUGCUGUGGGCGUCGACCUAUGGCAACCACGACAGCGACUACAACCUCUCGCGCAGCGCCAUCCUGGAGCGCGAGCAGAACUACCCCAACAGCUUAACCCAAAGCAUGGUGGCCGGGAAGCUGGCCGGGGUAUCCAACUACUACCUCCCGGUGUACCCGUCGAACGCGUCUGCGACCACGCCAGCGCUGAUCCUGUGGUUCUUCGACAGCCGCGGGGGGAACUACUACCAGGAACUGGAGAAUGGGAGCGAAGUGCCACAGCCGUGCUGGGUGGAUGAGUCGGUCGUCGAAUGGUUCACGCAAACCAGCGCCCAACUCACAGCCGAGUACGGCAAAGUGGUCCCCUCGAUCGCGUUCUACCAUAUCCCCGUCAACGCGAUGCUCGCGUUCCAGAAUCAGGGGGUCGACGCCAAUCAUGAGCCCGGCAUCAACGCCGACGUUCCCCUCGAUCAGCAGGGCGAGGCCAGCGGACAGGGCGAGGUCUCUGGCACGGUCUUCAGCUAUUCCGGGCAGGAUAUUCCGUUCAUGGAGGCGCUGCUGAACACCAAGGGUCUCCUGGCGACGUUCAGCGGGCAUGACCAUGGCGAUGACUGGUGCUUCAAAUGGGACACCCAACUUCCCGGGAUGAACCUGACGGGCAACGGACUCAACCUGUGCUUCGGGCGCCACACCGGCUACGGGGGGUACGGGUCGUGGACGCGAGGCUCGCGCCAGAUCCUGCUGGACGAGAAGACCCUGGACACGCUGAUGCAGACGUGGGUUCGGUUGGAGGAUGGAUCGGUGUCUGGGCGAGUCAGCCUCAACGCGACGUACGGGGAGGAUUGGUAUCCGGCUGUCGCUGCCACUUAUACGUAG